CGGUUUUGUGACUGAUUCUGGCCGGAAGUGGAAUGUUUUUGGGAUUCUGCUAGUGCUGAAUUUUGGUUGCCACCAUCGCUGUUUUUUGACGAGAACUUGCAGAGAUGGAGCAGCUGCAAUUUCAUUUCACGGAGCUGGAGAAACAGUCCACGCUGUUCAACUCGAUGCGGUUCAUGAUUGGGGACAUAACACUGCCGGAUACGCCAAUCGCAAGAAAAACAAAAUUUGCAAGCACGCGUGGCUGACCGAUCAUAAGCUGGGAAUGUCCGAAGGGAACACUUAGACGUCGAGACGCCUCAAGAACAGCGCUUGUGUUCGUUCUUUAACGACUUGGACUCGCGUCGAGCAGGUCGCUCGCAGGGUGAAUUCUGCUUGCCGUCACAGAUUAACCGGCUGUGGGGAAGGCAACUCGGAAUCUGCGGGCAACAUUUUCGAAGACACGCUGUGGGAGAAGGAAAAAGAACUGUUCGAACGAUUGAGCUUCGACGAUCGACCAAUGAUCUUGACGAGGCGGACAAAUCGACCUCGAUGAUAAUGUCCCACUUGACGACUUUGACUACAGUCUAGGUCGUAAGUCAAUCGUUGAUAGCGCCUUGAGCUGGAGAAGACGAUCGAGGUGUGUGCUGAAUCAAGUCGAGUUUAAACCUUCGUUAAGCCAUCUGCACGUGUUCCUGAUCAACAUCAGCAGAAUCCGAUGCGAAACCGGGAAGCGCACGCAAGACCAAGCUAACGACCCACGUGACGGUAAACAUGCGGAUCUCGCGAUGUGCCUCAGACGUCUGCGCCAUUCCCACGCAGUCACGGCCAUUCUCAUUCAUCGUGAAGGACGAUUUCAUCCAACCUCCGUCGGGUUGUGUGACGCCCACAAAUGGACCUGCACCGCCGAUCUGCUGAAGUCGAUCGCAGCGGUACGAAGUUCUAGCGUCAGCAAAGAGUGGACCACGGCGUGGGAGUUACAUUUUCCGCACGAAAUCCACAUUCCGGGAAAGCUUUCUUCGCGCCAGACGCUAAUGCCACCGAUCCGAUCAAGCGAGAAUUCGUACAUUGACGACGACUUUAGCCAGGGCCAGCUGCAGCAGCUGUUGGUCGAUCACGCAAACUUUUUAGAUAUAGCCGAUCACAGCAUCUACCCGGAGCAGACGAUUUACGAUACGAAAGAAGAUCCGCAAGAAGGCAGCAAAGGGGACCAAGAAACCACUCCUUGGUGGUCCGGAACGUGCUGGCUACGACGGUCUCUAGAUCAACUAUUGUACGGGUGGUUCCGCAGGAAGUUCCGCGAGUUGAUACGGUGCUGAAAAAUAUUGAGAACGCAAUUGAAGAACCUCGUGAAGAUCAUGGACAAUUAGAGGUUGAGGAGCUUAUUGAUUCGCUACCCGGGACGAUGGUUCCGUGGUUUGGCCCCGUCGGGGAAUCAGCA